AUGGACGUCUACAUCGUGAUCAGAGAAUUCGACAAGCACGGCAAUCCACUACAGCACUUCAACACCCCUUUCAAAGACUUGCCAGCCGGCACGACCGCAGCUGAUAUUCCUAGCGAGAACGUCUGGCGGUACGUCGGAUCGAACGGUCGUCUUCGCGCACCUCAUCAUGCUGUUCAGCGCGAGCCAGACUACUCCGAGGAGAAGUUGAGGUUGCUGUCUGAUGCCUACGUCUGGCAUCCACAUGACAAGGGAGAGAAGCUCACCCUCAACGAGGUCGUCAACCUGGAGAUUACCAUGUGGCCUGGAGGGUUGGUUUUCCACAAAGGCGAGUCUAUGAGGUUUGAUGUGCUUGUGCAUCAUCCCGUUAUGCCUGAAUUCGAGGGUCUCGAUAAGCAGAUGCGCAAUUUCAACGUCGGAAGGCAUGUGUUGCAUACUAGUGGUAGGUAUCCUUCGAGUUUGCGCUUGGCUUUGUCGGAUUGA